AAAAAUAAUUAUUUAGACAAAUUUUUUUUUCUUCUUUAAUGUCAUUUAAUGUCAUCGCAAAAUUCUUGCGAAACACGUAUGCGCGCACACUGUAUACAUGCGAUUUAUAAUGUCUCGCACACUACACCAGUUUGACACGGGCGCACACACCACCAUUGUCAUGUAUGAAGCCAAUACUCUUUUAUUAUUGUCCACUUAAUCUUUUUAAGAUUUUGUUCAAAUUUUUAAGUUUCCAAAUAAAAGAGUACGAAAAUUUUUCGAUUUUUAUUAAUUCAGCAUUCACAUUCACACUACUAUUAACAAUUGAAAGUAUCAUCGCGUUAACUCAGUAAUUAACGUGACGUUUUUAAUAUUAGUUAACUUUAAUAGUAACACUAAACAGAGUUUGAAACAUUUAUCAAAAUUAUUGGCAAAUUAUUAAAAAUAUUAAGGAUACUAUUUUAGUAUUAAAAAAUGAAUGUGAAUUCAGCAUCGAUAGAGUUAAGUUCUUAUAGAGAUCAACAUUUUAAGGGUUCUCGAGCUGAACAAGAUAGGUUAUUAAGGACGUCUUGUACGCUGUAUGUUGGAAACUUGUCAUUUUAUACUACAGAAGAACAAAUAUAUGAGUUAUUUUCAAGAUGUGGAGAUAUUAAGAGAAUAAUAAUGGGUUUAGAUAAAUAUAAGAAGACUCCGUGUGGAUUUUGUUUUUUGGAGUAUUAUCAAAGAGCCGACGCUGAAAAUUGUAUGCGAUAUGUAAAUGGAACUAGGCUAGAUGACAGAAUAAUCAGAACGGAUUGGGAUGCUGGUUUUAUCGAAGGAAGGCAGUACGGCCGUGGAAAAACUGGAGGACAAGUAAGAGAUGAAUACCGUUCAGACUUUGACAGUGGUCGGGGAGGAUACGGUAAGAUUCUUCAACAAAAAGUUGGCUCCAUGGCUGAAGGUGCUUUUUGAAAAAUCAUUGGAUAAACGAGUUAAAGUAGAUAAGUUUAAAUGUAAAAUCUAUUGAGACUAAAGAUUUAAAUUAAGUGACCAACAAAAAUUAAAAGUGAA